UUGAACACAAGGUGUACUGGGACCUGAUGGGAUCCUCUGUGCCGAUGGGGAAGCGCUGGCUAUGUGCUGUGUCAGCAUCUCGGAGCACAGGCAGCAAGUGAGGGAACUGCAGCACUGGGGCAGGUCUGGGGACUCAUGACUUGAGCAGAGCUGGGGGCUGGGGUGCAGGAAGUGAAGAGAGCUGAAGUUAAAACAGGAACUCCGAGCAGACACAGGCCCAAAGCUGUUGCAGGCUGCAAGUUCCUGAGCAAAGAGCAGCAAGUUUGCCAGCAGGAGCCUUUAAAGAUGUGGAAAGCGGUUGUGGGACAUGACGUGUCAGUGAAGGUGGAGCCUCAGGGAGACGACUGGGACACAGACCCUGAUUUUGUGAACGACAUCUCCGAGCGGGAGCAGCGCUGGGGAGCCAAAACCAUCGAGGGCUCCGGCCGCGCCGGGCACAUCGAUAUCCAUCAGCUGAGGAACAAGGUGUCAGAGGAACAUGAGGUCAUCAAGAAGAAGGAGAUGGAGACUGGCCCCAAGGCUUCCUAUGGCUAUGGAGGCAAAUUUGGAACAGAGCGGGACCGAAUGGAUAAGUGUGCAGUGGGACACGAGUACGUUGCUGAUGUUGGGAAGCACUCCUCGCAGACGGAUGCAGCCCAGGGCUUUGGGGGAAAGUUUGGAGUCCAGCGGGACCGAGCCGACAAGUCAGCAGUGGGCUUUGAAUACAAGGGUGAGGUGGAGAAACACUCGUCCCAGACAGAUUACUCCAAGGGCUUUGGUGGCCGUUACGGAGUGGAGAGGGACAAGGUGGACAAGGCGGCUGUGGGAUUUGACUACAAGAGCCAGGCAGAGAAGCACGACUCUCAGAAAGACUAUUCUGUGGGCUUUGGUGGGAAGUUUGGGGUCCAGAGGGAUCGUCAGGACAAGAAUGCCCUUGGCUGGGAUCAUCAGGAGGAAGUGCAACCCCACGCAUCCCAAACAGACUAUGCCAAGGGGUUUGGAGGCCGGUAUGGGGUCCAGAAGGAUAGAGUGGAUAAGAGUGCUGCUGGCUUUGAUGAGAUGGCAGCUCCCACCUCCUCCUACGAGAAACCAAGACCCCUGGAGGCAGGAGCUUCCAGCAGCACCAGCAGCCUGCGGUGGCAGUUUGAACACAUGGCCAGGUCGGCGGAGGAGGAGAGCAGGAGGCAGGCGGAGGAGGAGCGGCUGCGGCGACAGCCCCGGCAGUGCCCGGCACCUCGGGGACAGGAAAUCCCGCCGAGAGGGAAGGGGCACACUGGGGCAGCCCCUGCUGCUGUGCCAGCACAGGUGCCCAGGAAUGCCCAUGGAGACCGACCCGUGUCGCCAGGAGAGCAGGAGGCCAAAAGGGAGGAUGAGGAAGCACCACCCACUUUGCCACCAAGGCCAGCAGAUUUGGGUGCAGAGCUGUGCAAGGUCCCCAGCCAGGAUCAGCCCAUCUACAGUGAAAGUUUGGAUGUUGGUGGAGACUAUGAGGAGCUGCCAGAGCCCUCUGACUACUGUGACAGUACCAGUGGAGGUGCUGACUAUGAGGAGCUGCCAGCCCCACUGGGAAAGCCAGAUGCUAUCUAUGACCUUGGGGAAGAUGGAGGAGAAGACUAUGAGGUGAUCCUUCCUCAGGAGCACAGCCAGAGCCAACCCCACCCGGCCAACACGGGGGGUGUCUGUGAGUGUCUGUCUCACCUGUCCAUCCUGUGUUCUGCAGCCAACACGGGGGGUGUCUUGUGUAGGAGAAAACCCCAAAACUUCAACAAUGAGAAGUGUGAGCCAGGAAUCGUCAGUUAG